AUGUCUACCACGCACCAGACCGCCGACCCCACCGCGCAGAAGGCCGCCGCGCAGGCCGACCACAGCGGCCUCGACCCCAAGCAGAAGCUCGACGCGCUCAAGGAGCUCGUCGCCGCCACGCAGACGUGCAUGCUCACCAGCCAGACGCCCGAGGGCCGCCUGGCGUCGCGCGCCAUGCACGCCGCCGCGCUCGAGGGACCGGUCUUCCGCUUCUACACCAACACCGAGAGCGGCAAGGUCGACGACCUCGAGAGCCACCCCGAGGUCAACAUCUCGUACGUCGGCAAGGACGGCCAGUCGUGGGCCAGCGUCAGCGGCCGCGCCAAGAUCAACACGGACCGCGGCGCCGUCAAGAAGCACUGGAGCAGCGCGCUCAAGGCGUGGUUCGACAACAAGAAGGACGGCAAGCACACCGGCGACGAGAACGACCCGCGUGUCGCGCUCAUCGACGUGCACCCGACCGAGAUCCGCCUGUACAACUCCGAGGGCAAGUUCUCCACGGCCAUCAGCGCCGCCAAGGCGGCCGUGACCGGCGGCGUCGCUGCGCCCGGCAAGCUCAUCAUCCUCAACGAGUCUGAGCUGUCCGUCCUCGCCACGCACUUCACGGGCGCCUGA